AUGUAUGCUAUGCGGCAGAAAUGUCGUCCAAAGCAUCAAGUCCUGAUUUUAAAUUGCUACCCAAGAACCACAAAAGGCGCAGUCGAUGUCAAACCUAAUUCAAGUGAACUCAGCUAUCUACUAUACUAUGCGACUACGCGGCGAAGCAAGGUACAAAAGGUCGGCGCAUUCCUGGAAAAGAAAACCACUAGUGAUGUAUACAGGGCGAGAAUAGGGAACGUGCAAGUGACCCUUCAGAUUUUGACUGCAUUGAUUGAAAAAGCACCUAGAGAUUUACCUCUAUUCGCACCAUAUGUCCUUCAACUUCUCAAUAUUAUCCUGCGGGCGCAUGAUAUUACAAUGGUCGAGUCUUCACUCCCGACUUUUGAUUCAUUUUGCCAACAUCAUGAUGAGGCAUUAAUUUCCGCGGAUCAAGAAUAUCUACGUCAAUAUGAAGAGAUAAUUAGUCUGUACGCAUCUUUCGCAUCGACUGGAAGGUCUCCGAUCAAAUUUGACAUGAGUGCGCCGAUGAGACUGCGAUGGAGAAGUGUCGGACUACAAGCUAUCAAAAGUAUCGUUUCAUCGGAAGCCCCAGCAACUGUUGCGACAAGGCAAUUGGAUUUAAUAGUUCCUACUCUUUUAGAGAAUAUAUGGUCCGACCAACCAGAAUUCUUAGAUUUGCUAGAACAAAGGAUUCAACAAGAAGAGUGUAUUGAUGAGCAGCGCUUGUCGCGUCAACGAACCAGCGUUGUUACAGUGCCGUGCAUCGAAAAUCCGAUAGAUGGAAAGACUGUACUCUCUAGUACUACAGCGGACGCUGAUAAGCUCGCUGAGAUUGAUAUAGGGGUGCUUGCAAUACAAUGCUUGAAGCUAAUUUUCGUGGUCAAUAAUAAGUCCCAGAUACAUGGAGCGACACUUGCCACACUUCAAUUUAUUUUAGAUUGUGUUGAGCAAAAACGAAAAGUAACAUUCUCAGCAGUUCGUGCAAUACGUAUAUUCCAAAUGACCACCAGCUGGGCUCCAGUUCAAGAUCGUUAUAUUAUUCUGGUUGCUGCUAUGGAUAAACUGAUACAAAGCCCUGCAAACGGAGAGAAUAUUGAACAUGAGCUCAUUCUUGCAAAAAUGGUAGAUUCUUUGCUCAAAUCUGACAUUAAUUUAAUCGGACUUAGUGUUAUGGAUGUUCUAUUAGGCUUAAUACACCAUGUUCUCCGAAUCCUUCAGCUAGGAAGGAGGUCAAAUCAUCAGGCUAGCGCCUCAGUAGAAAGUCACUCACGCUCUAAUGCUUCCACUAAGACACUCGCAGAGGAUUCAAAAAAAACUUCAUCGCUACGUAAAAAACUCUUGGACAAACUUCAAGAUUGCAUUGGUAAUCUUGCCACUCAUAUUUAUUAUGCCGAUCAAAUUUCAGAUAUGGUUUCUGCCCUAAUAUUUCGACUCAAGCCUGGCUCUACUCCCGGUAUCAACCCUUUGAUUCAGGCUGGAGAUAACCCAAUAUGCGUUACAACCAAAGCGUCCUUAAUAAGUGAAGAAUCACCUGAUUUACACUCCGAUGUUACGUUUUUCUACGAUAUCGCUAAACUCAAGGCUCUUGAAGCUAUAAAUUCCAUUCUCAUCGUGGCAGGCCAUCGGAAAAGUAUGAUUGGCGGUGCCAGUCACGCUCGAAAUGGUGUGUCAAUUCAAGUUUGGGAAGGAACGCAAUGGCUGCUUCGUGAUAGUGACUGGAAAGUUCGAAAAGCUUAUGUAGCAACUCUACAGACUUGGAUGAAGUACGAAAUGACAAAUGCCGAUCUCCUUGCCUCUUGGCCUAAUAAAGAUGGGUUUGUAUUGCAAUCCGGCAAAAGAGUCAUUUCGAAUGCAACUCAAAAAGAGAAGACAGCUCCCAAGCUACCUACCAAAAGUAACUUUCUAGAACUACUACACGUUGCUAUUUAUGAAAACGCACUGAGGCAUGUCAGCAAUGAAGACGAUAUCAUUCUAUUACACAGUCUUCUCACCAGUCUAGUAGAAAAACUAGGUGUGAAUGCUGUUAAGGAUGGGUUACCAAUGAUUUUUUGUUUACAUGCAGAUAUACCGGGGCUUGAGACGUCGCUCUCUAAAAUUCACAUCGAUAGCCUAUGCUAUGGAUAUCUAUGGACUAUUUGCGAGAAAUUUAAGCUAGCACCCUCGCCGGUAGAACAAACUAUUCGCAACGAGAUAAAACAACGUCAGGAGAAAAUGCAAUGGGUUCCAAAAGUCUCGUAUCCUCCCAUUGAUCUAGAACAGAUCCGCAACCCGCAACAUUCACUUUCCAUACAGCCAUCUCAUUUGGAGAAGGUAAACUCAGCGAGAUUCCAUCCUUUUAUUGAUCGUUUACCAAUAGUUGAAUUAAUAUCAUCAUCUUAUAUCGAUUCUAUAAGCUCACAGUCAAUAAAUUCUGCAACUUUGAUAAACCGCAAUCCUAAUCAAGCUACACUGAGCCAGCCCAGAUCUGAAGAAGAUACCUCGUUACCUCAAAAGAUUAUAGAUAAAAUGAUGUCUCAAUGGAGUCGCGAAGCUGUGAUAGCCGCCACAAGUGGUGGUAGCAAGGCAGCAUCAAUAAAUGGCUCUAAGCAGGCUAACAACACCUCAAGACCAAAAAAUUUCCUCAGCAUAAACGAAGCCAGUAGAGCAGAAUCAUUAUUAGAUCGCCACACUUAUCGGUCCCCUCAGCGACUGACGAGUCGGCCUGGGUCAAAUUGCGGACAAACUAACGGCCUUGUAGCAUUACCUAAGACACGACACAAUAGCAGACAAUCACUUUCAAAUCCAAGUGAUUCCAGCCAUGGCUCCAUCCGGAAAUUUGAUCAAUUAAAGAAAGUUUUAAUGCGUUUUGAAUCAGGUCCUGCUGAAAAUCAAAUAACGGGAAACCGAAUAUCAAGUAGUGCUAGUAGCGAAAGUAUGAUUAGCUAUGCCUAUACAGCAUCUGAGAUAUCUUUCAGUCCUAGCCAACAAAAUAUAUCGCCCAUAAAACGAAUAGUCUCUAGACACGAACCCAGUAGUAGAAAAGCUCGAUCGAAAUCACGAGAUGGCACGAGUCGGCGAGCUCGACAUCUACCGUUUAAUCUUUUUUCAACCAACACUGGAAAAAAUACUCCCGAUAAUAUCAUAGAAAAUUUAGAUUCUAAUUCUGGUAUGAAAACAGCCACUCAACCACGCUUCAAUGAAAGCACAACCAUACAGGAUCACAUAUCUUUUGACGCUAGUAAUGCACAUAAUAUACAGGACAAAUUUUUGAUCAGUGGUACACUUUACCCGGGCUGGGCUGCUGAGGGAGACUUCUCGACUGAUUUAGAAAAUUUCCUCCACGAAAUCGAUAUAGAGACCAAGGAAAUAACCGGAAAUGUGGGAAACUCACCUUGCUAA